AUGGCCGCCUUCGACCGCAGGUUCGUCAACGUCGUGGUGCUCGGCCUGGGCUUCAUGUUCGCCUUCACUGCCUUCCAGACCAUCGGCAACAUCGAGAAGACGAUCCUGGACAGCAUCCACGGCGACGACCCUUCGUUCUCGGGGGACGGCUACAGCAGCCUGGCCAUCAUCUACGCCGUGCUGUCGCUGUCCAACUGGCUAACGCCGUCCAUCAUCAGCGUUACGGGGCCCAGGGUCGCCAUGGAUGUGGGCGCCCUCACCUACGGGCUGUUCAUCGCGUCGUUCUUGGCGGAGAGCACGUGGCUGCUGUACGCCGCCUCUGCACUGGUGGGCUUCGGCGCAGCCCUUCUCUGGACUGGCCAGGGCGCCUACCUGGCCCAGAACUCCGACCCGGACACCGUCUCCAGGAACUCGGCCGUCUUCUGGGCGCUGCUGCAGUGCAGCAUGUUCUUCGGCAACCUGUUCGUAUACGUGGCGUUCUCGGGCGCUGCGCGCAUCGCCCGGUCGACUCGCCGGUUGGUGUUCGGGGUGCUGGCGGGGGUGUGCGGCGUCGGCCUGGCGAUGCUGGCGGCGCUGCGGCCCGCCCCCGCCGCCCCCGCCUCUGAGGACGACGCCUCCGCCGGCAGCGGGCCCGACGGCCCCAUGGACGCCUUUCGCGGGGCGCUGCGACUCGCCGCCACGCCACAGAUGCGCCUCCUGGCCCUCACCUUCCUCUACUCCGGGCUGGAGCUGUCCUUCUACAGCGGCGUGUACGGCGCCAGCGUCGGCUUCACGGCCCGCCUGGGCCCGCAGGCCAAGCAGCUGGUCCCCCUGGCCGGCAUCUUCUGUGGCGCCGGGGAGGUGGCUGGGGGCGUGGCGCUGGGCGUGCUGGGUAAGCGAGCGACGCGUCACGGCCUGUUCCCGGGUGUGGUGGUGAGCUGCCUGCUCCACGUGUCCGCCUUCUGCCUCGCCUUCCUCAACCUGCCCGACGCGGCGCCCUUCAAGGACACCGAAGACCCGGCCUUCAUCAACAGCAACGCCUACGUGGCGAUGACGUGCGCGGCACUGCUGGGUCUGGGGGACAGCCUGCUGGUGACGCAGCUGUACGCUCUGCUGGGUGGCGUGUGGCCGCGCGAUGGCGCCUCUGCGUUCGCCAUUUUCAAGUUCGUCCAGUCGGUGGGCGCUGCGGCGAGCUUCGUGUACAGCCGGUGGCUGGGUCUGCACGCGCAGCUGGGGAUCCUGGUGGUGGGCUGCGCCGUCUCCACCGCUGCCUUCAGCCGCGCAGAGGCGUCCCUGCGGCGGCGGCACGGCGGCAGCUGCGCUGACGGCGACGACAAGCCUGCUGUCUGCAGCCUGCGAGGUAGCAGCAAGCAGCAGCAGGCCAUGGCCGUGCUGUGCGACGCCGAGUAG